AUGAGUCUAAAUGGUGACAGCAAGCAGCAAAUUGAAGACAUUUGUGUAGCAGCUCUUCGUGAGUCAGAUAUUGAAAGACAAUUUAAUUCACUAAUUGGAACAUGGAAACGACGGGAAUUUUCACUGAGUUCAUUUAAACACCGUGGUCAUCUCUUGUUAGACAGUGAUCAAAUGGAGAGUAUACUUCAAAAUUUAGAUGAAUCUAUAGUCAUACUAAAAAAUCUGUUAAGCAACCAUCACAGUAUUCCACUGCGUAUCCAAAUUCAAGCUUGGUUGGUUAACUUACAAACGACAUACGAGAUCCUCGAAAGUUGGCUCAAAGUACAAAAUCUGUGGAUGAAUAUGGAAGCAAUUUACAAUACAAAUGAUACUGUGAUUAAACAACACCUAAGAGAAGACACCAGAAGAUUUUACACCGCUGAUCGUAAUUUUUUAAAAUUAAUGGGACGCAUUGGAGAUAUACGUUGUAUUGUUACGUUUUGUGUCAACAGUGACAUAUCAUUACAUCAUUUAUUGAAUCAUAUAAAUGAAGAAUUAGAAAUUUGUCAGAAAUCAUUGACCAACUAUUUACAAAUGAAAAGAAAAUUAUUUCCACGUCUUUAUUUCAUACCUGAUUCAUUGUUGGUGGAAAUUAUUGGACAGAUGAAUGAUACUGCCAGUAUGCGUGUUAUACACAGACAUAUCAAUAAACUAUUUACAUAUGUGGAGAAAUUAAAUUUUAUCAACAAGAAUAAUGCUAAUGAGAUUGUUGAAGUAUGCUCAUUCGACGGAGAAAGGUUGUCAUUAAUGAUACCUAUACGUUGUGAAAGUUCAUGUGAGAUCUGGUUGUCAAAUCUUUUACACUCUAUUCGCCACACAUUACAAAAGCUAUUAGAAAGUAUGCAUCAUUCAAUUGUUAUGGUUAAUGAUGACAGUUUCAUGGAGAUACUCAUCAACAAUCCAACACAACUCGGUAUUCUUUGCUUACAGUCAUUGUGGACAAAAGACAUCUGUGAAAUGUUGAGUUCAAGCCAAAAGAUUUCACUAGUUAAUAUUUAUAGUAGCAUGGUGUAUCAUAAAUAUGACUGUGGUUCAGUUAGAAAAUAUUUCCUAAAGGUUUACCAUACACUUGUAAACCACACAAAGAUGGUUAGAAAGACCAAUCUGCAGCAGGCGAAAUAUGAAAAUCUAACAACACAGUGCCUAAUCCUGAAGGAAAUCUUAGAUCAACUUAUUUACUAUGAUUUCGGGUUGAGAAAUAUUAUCUCCAUACUUGAUGAAAUUCGUUCAACACAUAACAUACAUGAACUUAUCAACGAGGAACAAGUUUUAGUAAGACAUUUACGCGAUAGAAAUUUACACAUGUUGACUUCCGAGGAUGAGCCAUUGUUUUUGCAAUUAUUAUCUGAUUACUUCCCAUCUAUUAAAUCAACUGAUUUGGAUGAGCAAGCUAAUGAAUUCGUCAAGACUGUGGAAUAUGAAGCCUCAAAGAAUGGUUUGUCUCCAUAUAAACCAUGGAUAAGUAAAAUAAUAAAUCUUCAUAAUCUUUUCAAUAACGAUAAGAAGAAGAAUAACAGUGGAAUUAUGGUGAUUGGCUCAGCUGGAGUGGGCAAAUCGACAGCAAUCAGCACGUUAAUUCGGGCAAUGAAUAAAUCUGAUAAAAGAUAUAGAGAAAUACGUCUAUACCACAAGACAAUCACACGGAGUGAAAUCUUUGGAUAUCUUGAUAAGAAGAGUAAUUCCUGGACGGAUGGCAUCAUCACAAAAUUAUGCCGUAAAUAUCUGAGAAUGAAAUCAAAAGAAUGCUGUUGUUUCAUUAUUGAUGGAUCAGUUGAAGUGGAUUACAUGGAGUACUUGCAUUCUGCUUUUGAGGGUAGCAGUCAACUGCUGCCUUCAAAUGCCUGUGAUGCAGAUGACAGUUUACGUGAAUGCCAAAUUAUUUUCGAGACUGACAGUGUGAACAAUGCUUCACCCAGUUUUAUUUCGAGGAAUGGGGUAGUGUACAUGGAUACCAAAACACUCAACUGGUCAGCUGUACUUGAAGUGUGGCUGAUGGGAAGAGCUGAGAAAGAUGUGAAUAUUCUGAAGUCAUCAGUAGAAUAUCUUUUCCCGCUUCUAUACACAUUUAUCUGCAAUAAUUUUAGCGAAGUGCAAGUUGUUGAAUCAGAGUUAUUUUAUUUCCAACAGUUUUGUCAGUUUUUUGAGACAAUUAUAAAAGAAACGACCUCUUCUGAAAAGAUUUUACGAUAUGCAAUAUUCUCACUUAUUUGGUCAUUUACAAGUCUUUUGGACUUACGUGGACGGCAGAGAUUUUCUGUUUAUCUGAACACGGUGAACAGACACUUUAAUAUAUCAUUACCAGAAAGUGGAAAUGACAAAACAAUUUUUGACUAUGGUCUCGACAACGACGGCAACUGGAUCCUGUGGUCGAAACGUAUCGACGCAAACUUUACUGAUGAAUUUACUAGCCGAGGGACUAUGAACUUUUUUGUUCCAAACGAGUGUACUAAUUGCGUUGAAUACUUUCUUCAGACAAUGACAAAAGCAGGCAAACCUAUAUUAUUAGUAGGUGACAUAUGCAGUGGGAAAACCAUGCUGGUUAACCGAUUCAUUUCCAAUUUACAAAAAGAAAACAUGGCCAAUAUGUGUUACAAUUUCACACAUAAUACAAGUGUUGAAAGUUUUCAGAGGCUGAUCAUGGAAUGUACCAGCAAGCCAUCCGAGACUAAGCCCUAUCCAACAGAUGAAAGGGGUUACACCGUUUUCAUUGACGACUUACAUAUGCUUAUGCAGAACAGUUAUGAUGAACCGAGUGUCCAUGAAUUUUUUAGACAACUGGUUGAAAUGGAAGGAUUUUAUAACUGGAAAAAAUCGAAUGAAUUUGUAUCUACGACAAACUUCAAUUAUGUGGCCGCUAUGACGACACCCCUUAAAAGGAGGAGUGAUAUAUCUACACGAUUAAUACGGCAUUUUUGUAUGUUAACUACUGUACUGCCAAAUAAUCAAACGCUGGACUACAUAUUUAGAACUAUUUGUGAGAAAUAUCUGUAUGAAGUGCAUAAAAUAUCCGAUGAAAUUAUUUGUCUAAUGAAUAAAUUGAUUCCAAUCACGCGUUAUGUUUGGGAGCAAACACGAACCAAAAUGUUGCCGACGCCAGCAAAGUUCCAGUACGUUUAUACUUUCCGCGAUGUAUGCAGAAUAUGGGGAGGAAUAAUCACCGCAGACAGGAAGGUGUUCAAGUCAAAAGAGAGUGUCUUAUCAUUAUGGCAGCAUGAAGUUCGUCGUGUACUUGCCGAUCGCUUGUCUGUUGUGGAGGAUGAAAAAUGGUUUGAUGCGAAUCUUAUUCAAACAGUUACAAGCAAGUUAGGAAAAGAAUGUGAAACACUGUUGUCGAGUGAAGUCAUUUUUGUGGAUUUUAUGGGAAACCAUGUUGAAAGACAAGGCCUUGUAGAAAACCAUUUGAAUGAUGUACCUAAGGUUUAUGAACAGGUGGAAGGACUAAGCUCUUUGUGCACUCAUAUCCAGCAAUUACAACAAUCAGUCCAGAAGAAUAAAGCGAAUUCCAAAGAGAACUUGAUUUUAUUCCCAGAUUUCGUUCGUCACAUAGUUCGCAUAUGUCGUGCUGUUCGCAAUCCAGGUGGUCACAUGCUUUUAGCUGGACCGUAUGGUUGUGGUAAACGGUCGGUAGCUAAACUGAGCUGCCUCAUCUCGGGCUAUGAGGUUGUGGAGGUCUCUAGUUCCAGUGAUUUCAAGUAUCCAAACUUUGUUGAAAAAUUGAAAGCUGCUCAUCGUAAUGCUGGCUUAAAAAAUACUGGGACUGUCCUACUUCUUGCAAUCAAUGCUAUUCUGAAUGAUACAAAAAUUAAUGAUAAGUGUAAAACAUUCAAAGACUCACCGACUGAAUUAAUCAGUGCAGUUCUACAGAAUGGAUUUAUCCCUAAUCUAAUUGGAAGGGCUGAACUGGAAGAGUUUAUUUGUCAUGAAAAUAAUAUUUCCUCAGGUUUUUAUGAUAAAAUUGAACAGCGAAUCGGAGAAUUACACAAAUCCUAUGAGUCAAGUGUAAAACACCACCUACACGUUAUUCUCUGUUAUUGUUCUGAGAGAGAUAAAUCCAUCCACAGAUUGCCAAAUAUUUCUAAAUUGAUAAUGUAUACCACAAUAGAUUGGUUCUACGACUGGUCUCCGGAGGCAUACAUGACUAUAGCAGAACACAUGUUUCAAAACAGUGAGUUUUCAUCUGAAGAUAAUGUUGCUGAAGCUGUUAUGAAUGUGCAUAUGAGCGCUUCAAAGCUUUGCUUAGAUUACUGGAUUUGUUUUCAGAGAAGCGUUUGCUUUUACCCUGCGUCAUACAUAUUUUAUCUUGAGCAGAUAAGAAGAGUACAUUCUAUGCGACACAGCGAAAUCAUGAAACAAAAUAAUCACUUGGGCAAAAGUUUGCAAAAGAUUAACAAUAUUAAAUCUAGUGUUAACGAUCUUAAAGUAACUUUGACGAACAACAAAAACCAAAUCCAUACAGUAGAAAAACAGAUCAGUGAGUUGUAUGAGGUUUUAAUAAAGCAGAAGCAAACUGUCGAAAAUGCACACCAUCGUUCAGAUGAGGUAAAUACUCAGUUAAGAGAAAUAAAGCAGACUAUCAGAGAACAACAAAAAGCAAAAGCCAUUCAAGAAAACUGUGUCACACCUGUGCUAACACGGUUAAACAACUCUCUUAAAAACAUUCGAUACACAGACAUCAGACUACUGCGUAAAUCCCAAGGACCUCCAAACUUACUUAUGCGAGUUAUGGACUGUCUAUUAAUACUACUAAACUAUCCGUUAGAUAAAAUUCGCGUUGAUAAACAGCGUGGAAUCUUUAUGCCGAAUUCAUGGAAACGUUCAAAAAAGCUCAUAAUGAAGCCGAAUUUCCUAAAUCUAUUAAGAGAUUAUCCACUGAGAAGAUUAAACCAGGAACAUUUCGAUCUACUGGAAGCUUAUAUAUUGGAAGACGAUUUUAAUACUGUAACGCUUAGAAAAAUCUGCGGAAGCUUAUCUGGAUUGCUUACAUGGGUUUUGAUUGUUUGUGAAUAUUUCUCGCUUGCCAAGAAACAAAUUAUUCCAUUAGAAGAAAACAUAUCUGACUUAAAAAGGACAUAUUUUGCUAUUAAAAGAAAGAAGUUGUAUGCUGAUACAGUUUUGCAGGACAAUAUGGAACUAGCCAACGCCCUACAAGAAAAAUAUGAAACUUUAUUUAGAAGAAAGUUGAGUUUAGAGCAAGAGUCUCAACGCCUUUCAAACAGAAUUUCAAUGUACCAUCAGUUUACAGAGGAUUUUAGUGAAGAUGGGAUAAAGUGGAGUAGUCAAAUUGAAAACUUAAAGCAGCAAAUCAUUCACUUAUUGGGUGACUCACUCUACCUUGCAGCUUUUCUUGUUUACUGUGGGCCUUUUAAUCGAGAGCACAGAAGCAAAUUACUCAACACUUGGAGCUAUAUUCUUCUUAAAUACAGAAUACCACACCAGAACAAUUUAAACAUUAUUUCUACCUUUAUGAAUAGCAUUUCAGUGGACGAAUCGAUAUUAGAAGGACUGGUUAUGGAUGAUGUGUCUAUUCAAAAUGCUAUUAUUUUCGUCUUGUCGGAGCGUAUUCCUCUGGUUAUCGAUCCACAUGAACAAUGCUUUCAGUGGAUCAGUACAGUUCAUCGUAAUGCUUUGUCGACUACAACACUUGAUGAACUGACGUUUCGAAGCAUUCUGAAGGACUCUCUCAACAAUGGCUGCACGCUGUACAUUAAAAAUAUUACUAGUUCUCUGGAUCCACUGUUGACGCUUCUAAUCGAUAGUAAUGAUAUACACAGAGGUUAUGUUGACAAGAUUAAAAUUGACGAUGAAGAGAUUUUGGUACACCCAAAGUUCAGAUUAAUUCUUACUACUCCACUAAGGAAUGUUUCAUUGGGAAAACAAGUAAUAGCCAGUUUGACUGUUAUCGACUUCUCGUAUGAUGAUAAAUCAUUUGAACAGUAUCUGAUGAAUCAAAUUAUUGAAUUUGGAUGCAAGGAACAGCAACCCACUUAUUCCGACUUGAUGCAUACUAUAUAUGAACAUAAAAGGAAAAAACAAGAACUAUUUACAACAUUAAUGUAUCAGUUCUCCUCAGAUGAAGAUUCACUACACACAUAUUUGAAUCCAAUGAAUGUAUUCAAUGAAAUCAAAAAAUCUAUUGAAAUCUAUGAGAAACAAUUGGAUCAGAUGACGAAAACAAAAGAAGAGAUUGAGAAAAAUUAUGAAGUGUUCAGAUCCAUUGCUUGUCACGGAUCAUUAUUAUUUUUCCUUUUAUUGGAUUUAGCACUUCUCAAUGAAAUGUAUCAUUUUGGUGUUGGACAGUUUAUUACCUUACUUAAAAGUGUUCUUCAGUCUUUAGAUGGUCAAAGCACAGAAAAUAAUGGCGAAAACAAAAUGAAAGCAGUUAUGCAGAAAAUGACUUCAACGGUAUGGCGUUUUACACUGCAGAGUUUAUUUAAAAAGGAUCGAAUAAUCUUUACAUUUCUAUUAGCUCUUCGUCUACAAAUUCAUCUGAAACAUAUUGAAACAAACGAGGUACAUACACUUUUAAAGGCUGGGUCACUAUUAUGCGCAGGAGACUUUCCAUCAAAAGAUAUUGAAUGGAUACCACAGGCUAUCUGGAUUAAUUUAAUAAAUCUUUCUAAGUUGUCUGUCUUUAAAGACAUUUUGCGGCGGGUUGCUUGCUCAGAACGACAGUGGUACAAAUGGUUUAAUACACAAUAUCCAGAGGAUCAUCCAAUACCUGGAUUUUCAGAGUCGAACUUGCGUCCAGUUCACCGACUGUUGUUAAUACGUUGUUGGCGACCAGAUCGUCUGCAUGCUGCAUCAAAACACUUUAUUGCAAACGUUCUUGGAACUGAGUUUACUGAAGAUAUAGUUUUCAGUGUAAAUGAGAUAUACCAGCAAUCAACAUGCACAACUCCAUUGCUAAAUAUACUACAGUCAACUGGAGAUGCAACUUCGGGGAUUAAACAGUUAGCUGCUUCUAUGAAUGCUAAACUGCAUGUAAUACCAUUGGGCAAUGAUCGGAUUUCAGAGAUACAGCAUAUUAUAGACGAGGCUCUGCUUUCGGGUGACUGGGUCUUGUUACAAAACUGCCAUCUCAAUCUGAAAUAUAUGAAUAAUCUUAUCUGUUUAUUUAGCUCACUGUCGUUUACAGCAUCGGAUAAAAAUGCUACUUCGCAUGAUUUAAAAAUAACAAAUCAAAAUGGAAAAGAACUGAACAAAUUAUUUCGUUUGUGGCUCACCAGUGAGAUACACGAAGAGUUUCCACCACUAUUGCUACAAAUGUCUCUCAAGUAUACAAGUGAUCCACUGUCAGAGGACGGUUUACGCACUGCUCUAUUAAGCACAUAUAAGCAGAUUAAGGAGAACAGCUUAGACAAGUGUGGCGGCUGUGAAUGGAAUAAAAUAUUACAUGCACUAAGUCUUUUACAUUACACCAUCGUGAAGCGUCAGCAGUAUGAUUUAUUUGGUUGGUCUAAACCAUACGACUUCAAUUUCAACGAUUUUCGCUUUUCCCUGAAGUAUAUUCGGAAUCAUAUUGAUCAGCUGCAACUGUCUAGAGACUCAAAAAGCUCUGAGAGUUUCAUUUGGAAAUAUAUGCAGUUUAUGGUUGCAGAAAUAAUUUAUGGUGGUCAGAUUAGUGAAGAACAGGAUGCACGAGUAAUGAACACACUUGUCAAGAAAUUCCUCCAGCCAGAUAUGUUUUCACAUAGUUUCGAGCUGGCGCCGAGUCGCAUAAUUCCAAGUCUUGAAAAAACAACAAAUUAUGAAACGCUUGUUACCAAUUUGUCAAAUCGAAAUUCAGUAGAAACACUUCACUUAAAUCCUAAUGCAGAAAUUGGCUACUUUGCUUCUGUUGGUUGGCGUAUCUUAGAAUCUGUUGAAAAACUUCUUCUUAAAGACAGUGAUACACAUGGGCAUCAUGAGAGUUCAGGUUGUUUAACUGACUUAUAUGCUGACAACUCAACGCGUUUUCUCAAGACUACGGAAGGGAGCUCAAUAAGAAAUCCUGACCUCAGUGAUGGCACCAAACUGGUUAACAGUUUAACACAUAUCUGCUAUCAACUUCAAUCUUGCAUCCCAUCAAUUCUAUCAACAAAAAAUUAUGAGCACAAUGCUGACCCACUGGUAAUUUUUAUGCUAAGGGAAUGCAGCCAAAUGAAUAAGCUGAUUAAAUUAUUAUCAGAUGAUGUUCAAGAACUUUUAAACAUUUUACAAGGUCAUGAAGUUAUGAACAAACAUGCGGACAAAAUGUUGAAUGAGAUAUACGAAACAAAAGUACCUGAGAUAUGGAUAAAGAUGUCAUGGAAAUCUGUUGCAAUGGCAUCAUGGUUCAGAGAACUUCUAGACCGUCAUAUUCAAUUAUCAACUUGGUUGUCGACAGGAAAACUAAACAGCUAUCGGAUGACUGGAUUUUUCAAUCCUCGAGGAUUUUUACUAACAAUUAAACAAGAAGCUCUACACAAGUAUUUCCAAGACUUGUCACUUAUUGAUUUAGAUUUGAGAUGUCAAGUGACUCAACUCUUUCUGGAGGAUGCGAAAGAAAAUCCAGCCAAAGGGAUAUACAUCCAUGGUCUGUGUUUAAUUGGCGCAUCAUGGGAUAUUCAAAAUGGUUGUCUUGUUGAGGCCAAAUACAAACAACUGGGUCACCUGUUGCCGUUGAUACAUUUAACUGUUCACAAUGCAGAUGAUAAAGACGUCUCAAAUGUUAUUCACACAGUUCAAUCAACGAUAUCUUCUUCCUCGUCGAAGGAUUAUAUGACGAGAAGUAAAACAAUAAAAUCUGGAAUAAUAAAGAAAAAUAGCCAAGACAUGAAAGCAACUAACAGGAAAAUGGAGUUAGAGUAUGAGAAUAAAUAUCCAUUCAUGCGUAGACAAGAGUUACCUGAUGGUGGAUUUGAAAUUAAAAAGCACCAAAUUCUAUUUUGUCGUUCACUCACACAUAUAUAUGCCUACAAAAGCCAUUCGAAAAGUCAUCUGUUAUGUCAUUCUUUGAUGUUUUUAGGAUAUUGUUUUGGUAAUAAUUCACCCAUUUCAUAA